AUGGGCCAUAACCGGAAGACGUGCGGCGACCUGAAGAGGCUUAAGGAAGACCUCAAGGUUUGGAACAGAGCUUCGUUCGGAAUUGCUGAGGAGUCCAUUUCCAGAUUGAAGGACGAAAUCCAUAGCUGGGAUGCCAUUGAUGACACUUUGGGCCUCGAGGAGGACGAGGCUGUCAAGAGAAAUGAAGCUGUUUCCAAUCUCCUCUCUCAACUGGAAACUAGGGAUAACAUUCUUGCUCAAAAAGCGAGGCCGAGGUGGGCAAAGGAAGGGGAUGUCAACAGUGGUUAUUUUCAUAGAUUUAUUAAAGGCCGGCGUAUGAAGAACGAAAUUUCAGGAAUGACCGUGAACGGGUCGUGGUCCGAGAAACCGGAGGAGGUGAAGAAAGCUGUCAAGGAGUUCUUUCAAAAUCAGUUUCGCAGCAGGGCCCGUCGCCGGCCAAACCUCCCAGAUGAUUUCAUACAAAAGAAAUUAUCCGAUGACAACAGAGAUUGGUUGGUCAGACCUUUCACAGAAGAAGAGAUCAAGGAAGCGGUCUGGAACUGCGACAGCGGGAAGAGUCCCGGUCCGGACGGCUUCAACUUUCAUUUCAUGAAACAUUGCUGGGAGAUUAUCAAAGACGACAUCGUCAAGGUGUUCAGGGAGUUCCACAACCAAGGUAAAAUUGCAAGAGGGUGUAACCCGUCUUUCAUUGUGUUGAUUCCGAAGAAGGAGGCGCCGAUUGAGCUCAAUGAUUUUCGACCCAUUUCCUUGAUCAACUGUUUGUACAAGGUUCUUGCCAAAGCACUCUCUUUGAGGCUGAAACAGGUUAUCAAUGCUAUUAUCUCUGAUUGCCAAAGUGCAUUUGUUAAGGGGAGAUACAUUUUGGAUGGCGUCGUGGUGCUCAACGAGUUGAUUGAAGAAGCCAAGAAAAAGAAGAAAGGCUUGACUCUCUUCAAAGUUGAUUUUGCAAAAGCUUACGACUCGGUUGAAUGGGAUUUCCUUGAUGAAAUGAUGGAGAAAAUGAACUUCAGCCCGUUAUGGAGGAAAUGGAUUGGCGAAUGCCUUAGCUCAGCCCGUAUCAACGUUCUGGUCAACGGAGCCCCUUCGGGCGAGUUUCAGUUGGAGAUGGGCCUUAGACAAGGCGACCCUCUUUCGCCUUUCCUUUUCUUGAUCGUUGCCGAGGGUAUUCAUCUUCUCACCGAGAGGGCAGUCCAGAGAGAGCUUCUGGUCCCGUUUAAAAUUGGGAAUGGUGAGAUUUGCAUCUCCCAUCUUCAAUAUGCGGACGAUAUGAUCUUCACUGCUUCAAAUGUUAGAGAAAAUGCAUGGGCCUUCAAAUGUAUUCUCCUUCUGUUUGAGAUGCUAUCGGGGCUCUCGGUUAACUUUGAGAAGUGCAGAAUUUAUGGUCUGGGCAUGGAGAGUCAGUUGGGCGAAAAUAUGGCAGCUCUGCUUAACUGCAGACGGGGAGAUUUUCCAGUUAAAUAUCUUGGUAUUAAGAUUGGAACAAGUCUCUACCGUGCAUCUGAAUGGGAUUAUCUCAUCGAGAAGCUAUCCUUCUCCAUGGUUCCGAAAAAAGUGAUCUCUGAGAUUCGAUCUUACAUGGCAAAGUUUCUUUGGAGCGGGGACAUGGAGGAGAGGAAGAUCCAUUGGCUCUCAUGGCAAAAUGGAUGUGGCGCUUGCUCUCGGAAAAAGGAGUCUUUGUGGGUUAGGGUGAUUAAGAAAAGGCACGGGGAGGUUAGGUGGGAUGGCAGCGGGUUAAUCACUGCCGAGAGGAGGGUGGUUCCGUCGGGUUGGUGGAAGAAUGUUCUCGGCAUUAGCCAGGGGGAGACUGGAAGGUGGUUCAGAGAAAACCUUAAGAUUCUUACUGGAGAAGGGGACCUGUUCUCGUUUUGGCAUGACGUCUGGAUCGGGGAGAGACCCCUCAAAGAGCUCUUCCCUAGACUGUUCCGUCAUAGUUCUAACCAGGAUGGUUCCAUAAAAAAUAUGGGGUUUUGGGCAGAAGGCUCGUGGCGUUGGAAUCUGGAAUGGUCUCGGCCUGUUCUGGAAAGAGAGCAGGAUAUGGUUCAUUGUCUCCUUUUGGCUAUUGAUAAAGCUCGUUUAUGUGAAGGACAAGAGGACGGAUGGUGCUGGAAAGCUUGCCAAAGCGGAGCCUUUUCAGUUAAGUCGGCUUAUAAAGAAAUCAGCUCGAGGAAUGACAACCAUGCAAAUCGAGGUUAUGAGGAUUUCUGGCAGAUGAUUUGGAGAGCCCCGGUCCCUCAUAAGGUGAUCACCACGGUCUGGAAAGCCCUUAGAGGCCGAAUGGCCACAUGCGACAAUCUUUUGAAGAGACGAGUGGCUAUUCAAAGCGCUGAUUUGAAGUGUGUGAACUGUAAAUUGGAAGAUGAGACGGUUGCACAUUUGUUUUCCACAUGCCGCAAUUUCGAGGAGUUAUGGAAGGGCUUACUCCUUUGGCUUGGGAAAAGUUCAGUUUUUCAGGCAACGAUUAAAGAUCAUCUUCUCGCCUUUGUCAACUUGGGGACUAAACAGGAUUUUAAGCUUCUCCUUGGGGUCUGGAUGUGCACGAUUUGGUGCAUUUGGAGAGGGAGAAAUAACAGCAGGUUUAAUCUUGGAAGCUGGAGCAAAGAUAAGCUGUUGACAGAGGUAAAAACGAGGCUUUGGAGCUGGAGGCUGGCGUUCAAUCUGCAGAUUUCUUCUCCAAAUUUUGGUAGCUGGUUUGGAGCUGUGAAACUCCAUGGCUAA